AUGAGACAAAGAUUAUCGAUUGUUACAAGACCUCAAUUCGAUUUGGCCAAUUUCCCAGUUACAGAAACUAUCAAAAUGAUAACUUGCUUAAUUGAAAAAAUAGUAAAAGCCAAUGACAAGCUGAUACACAUCAAUAAGACACCAGAUCAGCAUUUGUGUUUUCAAGCCAAUUCCAUUCCAACAAUUGAUAUACAUGCUUAUCUAACGAGGAUUUUUAAAUAUUGUCCUUGUCCUAAUGAAUGCUUCUUGAGCUUGUUAGUCUAUUUCGACCGUAUGUCAUCAUCACCAGGAAUUCAACAGCAACAGCAACAUAUACCCCUACGUAUUGAUUCGUACAAUAUACAUAGGCUUACUAUUGUUGGAAUGAUGAUUGCUAGUAAAUUUUUUAGUGAUGUAUUCUUUACUAACGUUCGAUAUGCAAAAGUUGGGGGACUACCUUUGGAAGAGCUGAAUGCAUUAGAGAUAGAAGUACUGAAAUUAAAUAGCUUCAACAUGUUUGUGUCUUUGGAAGAAUUGCAAAAAUACGGUGAUCAACUUCUAAUGCAUUAUAGAAAAGAACAAAGCCUAAAAUUAAACUAUCAUCAGAUGCCCAUUGUACCAGCCUCAACUCGUACAGCAUCAGUCUACAGAAAACGAGUUAGCAUUUAUUCUUAA